UUAGCUGAAACAACUGGAACAGACCACACAACACAUAUCACCCAACUGAGAAUAGCCUACUCAUUGCAAGUGGUGAUAGUUGUCAAGAAACGUUUUGUGUAAUAGUUUUUGUUUUGUUUUUUUGGUAUUGUUCUGUAUUGGAAAGAGAGGAACUACGAUUACCAAACAGUAGCAAUGGGAAUCAAUAUUAUUCUGCUUUUCAUACUGAUUGAGCAUGCCAUUACAGACUCUUCUAACGGCAGCAACCCACGUGGUUUUGCAUUGUCCAGACAGACAGAGGCAGUCACCUAUGAGCCCAUUGACUACCCUCCUCCAGAUGUGGAAUCCAUGCAAGACCACCAAGGUCCCAACCCAGGAGAAGGGAAGGGCAGCAUGGUUCUUCAGGGCAAAUGGGGUCGCACGUCUCUGCACAGUCUGGAAUGGGUAUUCAACAGCUCCAACCAGACUCCAGCACGCUAUAACAUCACUGUGCUCCGAGUUUCAGAGCAUACGGCACUCUUCCUCCGGGGGCCCCUGGCCUCAUACUUCAUCCCCACCAUCUACACCCUAGUCUUCCUCAGCAGCGUGCCUCUGAAUGCCGUGGCCGUUAUGGCGUUUACAUGCCGCAUCCGCCGGAAGAAGCCAGCAGUGGUGUAUAUGUCCCAGCUGGCAUUGGCUGACCUGCUGUUUGGCUUGCUGCUGCCACUGAAGGUGCACUACUAUGCCCAUGGCUCUGACUGGCCGUUUGGUGAGGCAGCUUGCCGCGCAGUUACCGCUGCAUUUUACAGCUACAUGAACUGUUCCGUGCUGCUGAUGAUGUGUAUGGCUGUGGACCGUGUACUGGCCCUGGCACUCCCUGUCACCUCCAUGCAUUGGCGCAGUCAUCGCAACGCAGCACUGGUGUGCGUUGUGGCGUGGCUCCUGGCGUUGGCGGGGGCGACGCCCCUGCUGACUAUGCAGCAAACGAUGCAGAUCACACAGGUAGGCGUCACCUGUCAUGACGUACUGGAGCCGCAAGACCCUCGCUACCUGCAGCUGUUUUCCUCCCUCGCUUGCGUCUUUUUCCUCCUGCCUCUUGCUGUGACAGCCACCUGCUACAGCAUCGUCAUCCGAGUGCUCAGGCCGAUAAAGUCCCUCCAUGGAACUUCGAAGUGGUCAUCGCUGUCGAGAAAAAGGAAGAAAGCUGUUGCCAUGGCAUUUGCUGUAGCGGUGGAGUUUGUGGUGUGCUUUGCACCAACCAAUGUGAUUCUGCUGCUGCACUGUGCACAGCAGACAGCAGGAGAGAGCAACCUUGAUGGCGACAGGACAUACGCCGCAUACAUACUGGCAGUGUGCCUGGGCAGUGUCAGCACCUGUCUGGACCCGCUGCUCUACUACUAUGGCUCUUCACAGUGCAGACGCCAGAUCAGCAGUGCCAUGUGGUGGAGGAGAGGAAAGCAGGCUACUACUACCUAUCACACACACAGCGGCUCAACACAGAGUAGCUGAUCAUGCUGCAAAGUGAAGUGAACUGCGGGGCUGGGGGAGUUGUCAUACAAAUUUAAUAUGUUACAGAAUGAAUCGAUACCAGUAAUUACCUUCUCCUUAAAGAAAACUAAAUCUUUUCUUAUUAUUUUGUUGUAAUCCCAGGAAUCUGUUCAUUGUUAUUUCUCUUUGUUUUCUACUUAUGUACUCUGUCAGGUUUUCAGUCUGUCCCUGACCACUUCUAUCCUACCACAGUUCCCUAUGAGUCUAAGCUGGUGAAUGAGAUUUCUCUGGCACUUGAUUCUGUACUAUGGCCUAAAGCAGAAGAUGUAAAGCAACUCCAGGGGUGAACUGAAUGCUCUACAUAACGAGUGCAUUAUUUGGCCACUAUUACAGAAGGUUGGUGUAUAUACCCAAUGGAAAGUUUAUCAGUAUGAGAAUUAUGUCAAUUACCAGUAUGCAGUAUGUCAGCAAUUUGUCUAGGCACAUUGACAAAUUGUGAAGCAGAGUGUCAAUACAUAGAUGGGACCAUAGGCAAAACAUAAUUCACUGUAUAUUCACUGAGUUUUAUGUAUUCCUUCUUUGUAGGUGUAUGACAGCUUUUGAAAACAUAGCAUUUUAUAUCUGCAUAUUUUGUGUAUGUAUAUGGACUUGCACAUUAAUCAUUUUAUGUUGUCUUUGUAAGUAUUUGCAUAAAAAGAAUUUACAAAUGCA